AUGACCGGACUGCAUCAGUACGAGUAUGGUGCCAACAACGCAACCCACCCUUUUUUACACGCAUCUUCGAAAUUGCCUGGCAUCGCUUGGUGUCCAUUCAUCGCGAAUUUUCUUGAGAGAGCAUGCUCCUAUCCUCCUUUUCUUCUUCUUCUUCUUCUUCUUCUUCUUCUUCUUCUUCUCCGACUCUUUUUUUUGCAUCCAGGACUUUUUUUUUCGUCUCCGUUGCUGUUUGCGCGUCAUCGUUUUGCCUUUCUCUCUCUCUCUCUCUUCCCUUGUUCCACAAUGAGCGUUUUUUUUCCUGCAGCGAGAGCGGAGAGAGCAAAAAAUCUUUUGCAUUUUUUGAGGUCUUUUUCGCUUGGAAUAUAG